GACGGGCGCGGGGCGGCCCGUAGCCGAGCGGGUGGCGGCGGCCGAGGAAGAUGAGGGCCGCUGUGCUGCUGUGGGCCGCGCUGUGCGGAUCGCUGCUGCCGCCGAUAAAUGCAGAUGAGGGAAUCCUGCAUGCUUCUGGAAAUGGUGUAACUCCCUUAACAAAGGAUUACUGCAUAGCCUACAAUUCUAACUGGAUAACUCUCCCAAGCAGCCUGGACAAUGCUACUUUCAGGUCUCUGGAAAACCUGACUUCUACGGUACUCUGCGAUUCUUCUGAAGUUCCUGCUGUUGUAAUAAAGGACAAAGCAGUUGUUGUGAUGAGAGGAAACUGCACUUUUUUGGAGAAAGCAAAAAUUGCUCAAAGUUUGGGUGCUAAAAUGCUGUUGAUUGCCAGUAAAGCUAGGCUGUCUCCUCCUUCAGAUAACAAGACUGAUUUUGAAAAUUUAUCUCUACCAGUUGCUCUUAUAAGAUAUAAGGACAUAAUGGAUAUGCAGCUGACUCUUGGAGAUGAAAUUAAUGUGGCUCUCUAUUCACCGCCUUUGCCGGAGUUUGAUUGCAGUAUGGUUGUCAUCUUUGUAAUUGCUGUGUUCACUGUGGCACUCGGGGCCUACUGGAGUGGAGUUGCAGAACUUGAGAAUUUGAAAGCAACGGCAAGUCCUGGGGACAGAGAAACAAGAAGGAAGAAGGAGGAAAAUGUUACUUUCACCACUCUGACAGUUAUCUUGUUUGUUGUCAUCUGUUGCGUCAUGCUGAUUUUACUUUAUUUCUUCUACAAAUGGCUAGUGUAUGUUAUAAUACUGGUCUUCUGCUUGGCAUCUGCAAUGAGCCUGUACAAUUGUCUUGCUGCAUUAAUAGGAGAAAUCCCAUUUGGGCAGUGCAGGAUUGUGUGUGGCAACAGAAAUAUUGAAGUGAGGCUUAUUUUUCUUGCUGCAUUCUGCAUAGCAGCAGCUGCUGUUUGGGCUGUGUUCCGAAAUGAAGAUAGGUGGGCUUGGAUGUUGCAAGACAUUUUGGGAAUUGCUUUCUGCCUGAACUUCAUUAAAACACUGAAAAUGCCCAACUUUAAGUCCUGUGUGAUACUUCUAGGCCUUCUUCUUCUCUAUGAUGUGUUUUUUGUCUUCAUAACACCAUUUAUCACAAAGAAUGGGGCAAGUAUAAUGGUCGAAGUUGCAGCUGGUCCCUUUGGAAACAGUGAAAAGAAUGAUGGAAACUUGGUGGAAGUCCCUACUGAACGCUCAGCUCCCCAUGAGAAAUUACCUGUGGUUAUUAGAGUGCCUAGACUUGAAUACUCAGCAGCGACACUGUGUGACAUGCCCUUUUCAUUGCUGGGUUUUGGAGACAUUAUUGUCCCAGGCCUUCUGGUUGCCUACUGUCGAAGAUUUGAUGUUCAAACAAGUUCUUCUUCUGUAUACUAUGUUUCCUGCACAAUAGCUUAUGCCAUUGGUAUGGUGCUGACUUUUGUUGUUCUGGCAUUAAUGAAGAUGGGACAACCUGCCCUUCUCUACCUUGUACCGUGUACACUCAUUACUAGCUCUCUUGUUGCUUGGAGGCGCAAAGAGAUGAAAAAGUUCUGGAAAGGAAGCAGUUAUCAGGUAUCGGACUCUCCCAGGACGCCUUUGCUACAAGUAGAGCAGUGGAUAGCGAAACAAGCUGCUUUUUCGUCUGGGAAGAACAAAAUUGUCCUGUGUUACUCAGAUGAUGGAACAUCUGGAUUACCCAGGAAAUGAAGAAGGCACGGCACCGGCCAGUGAGCAGCCUGGAGGACAAUAACAUCUAGGAUCCUGGCUUAAAAUAGUAUUGAAAUUUUUUACAGAUGAGUUGCAGUAAAUUUGGUGAAAUUUUCUAGAGUAUUUCAUGCUCUGUGUAGAAGGGUUUUUACUCACACACCUAUAUUUUUAUGACAAAUAUUGUUCAUAACAUAAGAGUAAUCAAAAUAGAUCUGCAUUUUUACAGCCAAAACAUAUCUAAUAAAACUGUGCCUUAUUUUGGUUUAAAUGAAUGGAUAUUUUCUAUGCAAUUUUCCAAAUGUUCUUCUAUACAGUGUAUUUUUAUAAAAUUUUCUUGCCCUUAUCACUUUGCAUGAGAUGUCUUGUUAAUUUUGAAUAAGGCUGGUCAAAUUUAAUUUAAAAAAUAAACAGUAAUAGCAGAAUUCUUCACAGGAUUGCUUUCCAGAUUUUGAAUGUGAAGACAGAUAUUAAUGUAACUACAGAAUGAAACUAUAGUUCUGCAAGUAAUUGAAGAAACAGUGUGUAAUGUUAAUCUAUGUAGAUCGUAAGCCAUAAAAUAGAUAACAGGGCAAAUUUUAAUUUGUAGUUGUGAGCUUUCUUUUUUUGUUUCAUUUUUCUUGGUGGGAUUUUUUGUUUGUUUUUUUCUCUGUAGUUUCACAGGCUUAUGCCUUGAUCAUGAAAAUUGUUAAGCUUUGAUGCACAGCUUUGGAUUAUAUGCAUUGUCAACCAUCAAAAACACUAAAGGUGUGUGUGGGAGUUACUUACAGGGUGGCACUGGAAACUUAGAUGCAGCUCCUGGAGUAGCUGGCAAACAAGACAGUGUUAAAGGCCAGAAGCUUUUGUUCAACAAGUGCGAUGUAAAUCUUUGAGAGGGGAAAAAACCUGGAAUUUUAUGUCUGGACUGGUUCUUCUCUUACCUGUCAGAACUUGAUCUAUGUAUGUGGUCUUCAUUUGGCUUUGCAUCAGUUCAAAGAGAUGGGGGAUGAGAGGGCACAUGUUUCUAGCUUUUGUAUCUGUACUGCAGCUUUUUUUUUUUUUUCUUUCUACAUUAAAGAAACAACUGUUUUUGAAAAUUCAUUGUGGUUGAUGGACAAACAACUGGUUUGAAUAGCAUUAGCCUGCUUGUGUUAGUUAAGACCACUCAGUGCUUUUGUUUAACUUGAUGAAUCCUAAUUUGUUUUAGCAUUUUUAUACUCUAAAGUUAAGAACUCUCAAAGACUUGGAAAAGGAAAAUUGGUUUGAACCAUUACUUUGCUUUUAGAAGAGGUUGAGUUUGUGUGCUUGUUUGAUGCUUUUUUUUUUUUUUUUUAGUUCUUUUGUGGGGGGAACUGCAAAUUGAGGGGAUUAGGCAUAGAAAAUUGGUAAAACUGUAAUGCUAACAAUUUACACCAAAGAAAAUUGGAGAAGUCAACUACAAGGAAUCACCGAGUUCACUUACUGCUACCAUCAGGUAGUCAUGAAAACGUUUUUCCUAUUUUUAAUUGAAUGUAAUUCCUAAAGUCAGUACAAGUCGAAGAACCAUACAGAAAACAACCAAAUAAGCACAUGCUGGGCAAUGGCAGCGCAGCCCUUCCUGCAGUGCCUCACAUAAGUGCCUCAGUGUUGGUCUGAAAGUCACCUCUAGACACUAACAGUUAGGGGUGUGUUGGCUCAGGAGAACUUAUACUGGUUAAAUCUGGUUUAGCUAGAUUUACUUUGGAAGUAUGCUAAUUAAGACAACUGUAAAACUAUGUUGUCAGUUAAAAAAGGCUUACUGCAAAUGUACUGCUUGAUGUAACUUAUAUCAAGUUUAAACUGUUUUGUUCUCAAGAGUCCUGAUGUAAACAAACUUACAGUCUCAGUGUCAGUUGUUGCUCUUCACACAAAUUGACCAUGGUGCCAGUUGAUACGGGUAAGAUAACCACCUUGUUUGUAGCUUUGUAACUUCUCUAAGAAAACAGGAAGCAUUUUCAAGUUACUAAUUGCCUGUCAUACCUUUCUUGAUCUGAGCCUGAGCUGACAGCUUCACAAUAAAAUGGUCUUGCACACUAUCUUUAAUUUUUAUUUAAUUCAGGCAGGUGGGCUAGCUGACACUUAAUCAGUUACAGUAUUCCUUGAUGUUCUGACAGCAGACAGAAAAUUCCGUGCUGAUUUGUUGUCAUGGUCUUUGACAAGCCCAGUACCUGCCAAAGCUAAGUGCUUGUGAAGAAGUGUUUGGAAAUUCCUGAAAGACAUGACGCUGUAACUCACUGCAAGUCGGAGUACUCAGAGCUCUCAGAACCUUUGCGAACCUAUGUGAAAUGACUUCUUUUUCUGUGAAAUCUUCUGUGUAGAGGAUUUAUGUAAUUUUUGCCUGGAACUGAUAAUGGUACUGAUAAUGGACUAGUAUAAAUUAAGAUGAUCGUUGUCAACAGGAGUGUGCAGUCAGCAGCUGGCUGUGGAAUCUCUGUUGUGUUCUGUGCCUGAUUAUGCUUCUUGCCUGACAAUUCCUGAGGUUUCACACAUGUGCUGCAAUUUGAUGGGAUGUAAACUAACUUUUUUCUUUUAUAAAUGCUUAGGAGCUUUGUUUACAAAAAUGACAGAAUUUUAAAUUUUAUAUAAAUAACAAAUUAGUUCUGACUACUGAAAUUAAGUUUUUAUAAGCUUAAUAGAAUUCAUAGCAAGACUUUUAGUGGUUUUGAAUGUUUCUAAUGUUAAAUUUGGUUGGGCUAAACACUAUGUUAAAAUCAUUUUUAAUAAUAUAAAAACCUUGCUACUUUACAUUGUGUGUUUACUGACAACAACCCCCUUUCUCAUGACUCUGAAGUUAUCACUUUAAGAUUGUUAUUAAUAAAUGUUACAUGUGUUUAAAAAACAAAA